AUGGACUCAACAGCUCGCGCAGCUCUGGUCGCCGCGCUCGAUGCAGUGCCCUCGGAUCUGCUCCGGCAGCAGCUAACCAACAUCCUGAUCAACGAUGAUGGGGUCCCUCGCUCCUACAUAGCAAUCAACCACAUGCCGGUGGAGAAGACCUCGGUCGUCAUCGGGCCACACCUGAUCAAUGCCAUCGUGCAUCCCGCUCUGACCGGCGCACUGCUGGCCGCGAGCGGCGUCUACUUCUUCCACUUCAGCGGCAAGAAUGGGGAUAGGUGGUUCCUCCAACUAGGCGUGGCCUUUGCCGUCAUUGUCUACACGUUUAACUCGGUCGUUCUCAUCGAGAACAUCUAUUCGCGCAUCGUAGGGGCAGCGCUGGGUGCAACCGGCUGGGAAAUGACCUCAAUCGGCUGGCAAGUCGCCACCGUGAGCAUUCUCAUGACAUUUCCGAUGGCGCUGGGCCAGCUCUACUUUCUCGCGCGGACAGGCAAGUUUUUCACGCGGGGCAAGAAGGUCUUUCUCGCCAUUGGCGCGUUCCUCAUCAGCGUGCAGAUGGCGUUUGGGCUGCUGCCGCUGGUCGUCUAUGUCCAGACGCUCGACUACGCGACGGUGCUCAGCAGCACGGUUAUGCGCACGAUCAACAACUCCACUGUUGUCGGAUACGUUGCGAUGGUGAUCAUCAACGAGGUGUACUUCUCCCUGACGCUGCUGUACAAACUCUACCAGCUGCGCCGAAACAGCUCCCUCGCAGCCGCCAACGCCGUCAUGUACAAGCUUGGCAUCCUCGCCGUCCAGUCCAACGUCCUCCUCGUCGUAUCGGGCGUCGCCGUGCUGCUCACGCACCGGGUCGCAUCGACGGGUUGGUUCCUAACCGUCCUAAUCGCUCAGCACCCCCUGCACGCCCUGUUCGUGGUGACGAACCUCAUCUACCGACCCUCGAUGAAGGCCGAGCUGGAACAAGGCAUCUCGGAUCUCAAAGCCUCGUCGCAGACCCCGCCCUUUUCCGCCAUCAGCGUCGGCGACGACCUCGAGGGGCGGCUGGGACCCAGCGCUGGCGGCCUCAGCGGCUGUGGCGGUCACAGGACGUCGGCGUCGACGGCCAUGGCGACGGCGCGUGCCAUGGCCGCUGCGGGAUGGAGGUACGAGGUGACGACGUCGUCGAAAGAGCAGCGGACCGACGACAUCCCCCUGCCCGCGCGCACCGGGACCACCACCGCCACCGUGGUGGGGGACGAAAAGGUCUACGCCGACAUGCACAGGGCGCACGAUGAACAUCCUCGACAGCUCCAGCACCACCACCACGUCCAUCACCACCUGCCGCCAUCGGAAAAGUCGUUGCGACGCAUCUCGUCGUACAGCGACGAGGAACGCAGCACCGUCCUCCCCGCUGCCCUCGGCGGUGUAGACGCGCAUGCCCUGGCACUCGAGGCGCCGUGGAGCCUCCGUGGCCCCACAUCCAUCGCCACCACCACUACCACCGCCUCGGCCCAUCACUACGACCACGCCCAUCCGCUGUACGACCACGACAACGGCGAGCUCAGCGCCUCGCCCAAGCCCUCGACCCACUACUCGUCCAACUUUUAG